CGCGUUAUAAGCUCCCAGGGAGUUGUGUGGGGACGCGGCUUUUUGGGCCCGGGGCUCUAGCGUUCCCUGACUGCGAGCCAGGAAUAGCCCCGUGCCCUCGGCAUCGCCUCGCGCUCGCCCUUCACCGCAUCCUCAAAACCGUCAUCUCGCCUCCCUCUCCCCCCAUCCCGCUGCUUUUCUUUCUUCAAUUCACCACAUACGUUCUUUAACACCCCACCACCCCCCCUUGUUUCCAUCCCUCGCCACUCCCUUUAUCCCGUACGUCCCACCCUCCCUCUGCUGCGCGACCGUCUCUCCAUUGUUCUUUCCACCCCCCAUCACCCCCUUUCCAUCCCAGCCAACCGCCUGGCCCCUUGCAUCCACCCCGCGAACAGCACGCUGACUACAGACCUCCUCUCCCUCUGCUCUUUAUCAACUGGCUUGAUUCGAAUCUUGUAGAAAAAAACCCGCCUCUUUUCCAUAAUGAUCUCCAAGGUCGCUGUUGCCGGCGCCGCCGCCGCUCUUGCUGCUGGCGUUGUACGUCGCGUCUCACCAGACAACGAUGCCCAAUGAGACUGACGAGUUUUUUUUUUUUUGCGCACAGGCCAACGCCCAGGUUACCGCCACUGGUACCAUGGGUUCCACCAACCCCGCCGCUGCCACCCUCGGUACCGCGGUCAACCAGACCUCGUUCUCCCGAUUGCUCUCUUUGAACGCCAUCGACGACUUCUGUGUCUUUGCUCCCCACGAGAAGGACUCUGAGAUCGGAGACACCGAGGCCGAGGAGGUCGCUUGGUGUGUCCAGGCCCGUAACGAGGCCCGAGUCAUCCCCGAUGGUACCCUCACUGCCGUCCACUUUGUCAAGACUCCCCUCUACUGGCAGGUCCAGGGUUUCGGUGACUUCACCCAACUCAACAUCAAGGACGGCGACGAGGGUGGUGAGCUCGACCCCCACGGUGCCACCGGUCUCGGUAACCCCGUCGGCGGUAACGUCACCACUAACGCCACUGGUUCCGAUGUCUCUUACGAGGAAUGGAUGAACUACAUGUCUUACGACAUGUUCUGUCUCCGAAUCUGUAUCUCGGCCAACUCUACCUACACUGCCGCCGAAGAGUGCCAGCACACCCUUGACGAGAUGGGUUGUUCUUGGAUCAUGCCCGGUGACUACACCGACAACUCUUUCACCGAGUGUGACGGUGACGCCGCCUACCCCCCUGGUAUCUACCCCCUCAAGAACGGCUCCACCUCCACCUUUGCUCAGCGAUACACUGGUACCUACACCAACUCUGACGGUUCCAAGGGUACCUGGACCCAGGGUGAGACUGUCACUCCCCAGACUGCCUACUCCACCCCGGCCACUUCCAACUGUAUUACCUACUCGUCUGUCGGUAACGGCAUUGCCUCCCUUGCCCUUUCGGGUGCUACCAAUGCCACAGGCGUCGCGGGAGGUAGUUCCACCGCAUCUGUCACUGGUGCUUCUGAAUCUGGUUCCGACUCUGCUGCUGCUACUGGUUCGUCGUCUGGCUCUUCCGCUGCUGUCACGAGCUCUUCAUCUGGUGUCGCCUCGGAGUCUAGCUCUUCGGGCUCUGCCUCUUCGGGCUCUGGCAGCAGCGUCUCUUCUUCCGCAUCUGCUGGAUCUGACUCUUCUGCUGCAGGAGGCUCCACUGCCGCGGCAUCGGCCUCCGGGAGCUCGUCAUCCUCUGGGGCCCUCUCUGCCUUUGGUGGCCUCAACUCUGGCUCUGCUACGGCCGGACUCGUCAGCGUUGUCGCGCUCUUGGCUGGUGCGGGCUCUUUCCUCCUUUAAACGGGAGAGGAAUGAUCUGCAUCGACUAGACUGCGACCGACGACCGAGAAAUGCUAUGCGAUGGAGGAUGUGAUCUUGGCUUGUGGCGUUGUGCGGGCGAGAAACGUAAUUCUGCUACUCUUAUCCCAAACUUGUCUUUUACAUAUUUUCUAUACGUUUGACCCCCACAACCUCCGCACCGCCCGCAUAGGAAUGGACUUUAUACAUUGAUUGCCCCCUUCUUGUUGCAUGGAUUGCACUGCAUUGAGCCAAGA